AUGUUAUUUCGCAAAGCGCAAACGCUAUUAGAUCUCAUAGGACUGGGUGUCGAAGAAGGAACAACUGGCUUAGCCCUAGCCACUCGCGCAGAUUAUGAAUUGGUUCUUCAUCUACGCGAAUCUUCAAUCAUUGUGUACCAUUGCCUUCACCCUAACUGCUUGGUAAAAUCCACAUCUUUUUCCCACGUCCUCGAUCAUGUUUCCCGAUGUCAUUUAGCAAGCACAAAUUGUAUUGCUCAUACGCGUGAUUUUUCCUGUUCUUGGCCUUUGGCACAACAGCCAAUUAAAACAGAUCCGUCUACUGAGCCAUACUUGGCUUCAAACAAUAAAAACAGAACAAGCCCGAGUUUGGAACGUCUUCCUUGCCUCUCAUGUCCACAUUGCUCAUUUGGCACAUCAAGACUAGAAGCCUUUGCCGAGCAUAUAGCUAGCUGUAAUGUUGUGCGAGGUGUAUCAAACUCCUUAUCUGUCACAUGUACUCUUUAUCGAUGUUCUGAGUGCAAGUUCCUUGCGACUUCACGAAACAUGCUAAUAGAACACCUUUCCGAUUUCCACCCUCAGCUUGGAGAGACAUCAGGAAUACAUUCGGAAGAGUUUGUCGUCCCUAUUUCUGAAGAAAAUUUACCUUCAUCUCAUUCUACAAUUCAUCACCAAUGCUCUGGACCGGUAGAUUCGCAUCAGUCGCAAUCUUUUAAUGUCACCCAAAAUGGUCCUAUAAAUUUUUCUACUGUCUUCCCUUCUUCUGUCCUCAAUUCACUAGCAUCGACGCCAGAAGUUAGAGAUUCGGGGUUUCCGCUAUCGUUGUUCUCCGGCCCUGUCAACAAGAGAAGCCCGCCAUCUACAGUCGGAAAACGCCGUGUGGAUGCGCUGGCCUCUGGUGCAACCUACGAAGAAUCGAGUUUAGCGGCUGAGACACGUCAGCUACUUGCCACAGCUGCUGCAGGUACAGCCGCAGUAAGCGCAGCUUUGGAUGCCGCUAGGGCUGAGGAACGUUCUGCAGUCUCUCCAAAUGGCUCGGGUGGGUCAUCGAGGGCCGAUGGUCUAGAAGCUGAUGGUCUUUUACGGCCGGCAAUGCACAGUCUGCCACCUGGUAUUAAAGUGAAGGAGUAUGUUCACUUAUAUUUCAACGAGAUGGCCUUCACUGCUGCCUACAAGCGCACCAGUCGCACCGCUACUGGCCGUGCUCUGCGCAAUGCUGAGUUGCCGGGUAUCCUGGUGCAGUUGCGUCGAUUUGCCACGUACAAGGUGCCCAUCCUUGGUCGAGCCAACCAACGUCGUGUAGCCGGUUGCCCUGAAUGCCAUAAAGCUUUCAACCACGGCUUCUCGGAUCUCAAGAAGCAUUUACUCGUCUCACACAUGGGUCUGCGCCGCGAUGUCGCCCGCUUUGCCAUCAAUUUUACGCACACUCCACGCAACAUGCCAAACACAGUGACAGUGACCGCCGGAUCGCCAGAUGUGCAUUCAAGCCCCUCUCGCCCAGAAGACUCAAGUCCGGGCUCUCCAACCCGACAGGAAUCAGGAGAUCCCGCCCUUGGCACGCCUCCUGAUUCGGGCCUUAAGGAUAAAAAAAAUAGCCAUGAACUCCACCUCUCCGAUGACUCUGACGAUGAUGAUGAACGUGAGGGUGGAAAUCAGGCUCACGAUAAAUUGGAAGUUGGGUCAGGUCGUUUGGCCACUGCCUCACAGCAACAGCAGUCCCAGCUUCCAGUGGCCACGUCUGUUGUUGGUGUAUACCCAGGCAGUGCACCAAUCCAUCGCGUUGUCCCCGGCACUGGAGUCUCUGAUCAUGGGGAGGACGCGCGCACAUUUGACGAGGCGGCUGCCAAUGCUCCUCGUGGACGCGGCGGUAUCAUACCUCUUGAUGAGGCUGGCGUACCGAUACAAGUAGCCGUACUGGCCGCCCUAGCUUCCAGUCCUCCCGGAAAGGAGAUUUUUUUGCCGCAACCGGGCCGGCAGCGCAUCCAGUUA